UCCACAGCGCCAUCUACCACCCCCCGACAACCGAUGGUGAAACGCGUGCGCAAAUCUUCGCCGUCCAUACCUAACGCUACCAGCGGAGUUCGGCCCAGGCCCAUGAUGGCACCGGGUGCAGUAAGGCCCGGGAAUCCUACUAUGGGGUCUAGUAUGGGGCCAAAAAAUGGGCCUAAAAGCGCUCCGUCAAUGGGAGGUGUAAAGAGUGCCUCGCCAGCCGAGGAUAACAACAGGGAAAUCAUGAGAGUGAUUGCAACGGAGAUCGAAAAGCCAACACCUGUGCUUGUUUGUUUUCUCCCCUCAGAUACACGCAAGAUCAUCAACAACCUCAACGUUUUGCAAGGCAACAACUACACCAAACGAACGCAUGUGCAGGACUGCAUACAACGAGCGACCCGUAGUAGCAAUACCAAUCUGGUCGCGCUACUUUCUGGGAUCCUGGACAGCUAUAAAUAGACGUCUAGGCCUUAUGGUUUAGGGUUUCUUGUGGGGAUGUUCAAUAAAUCAAUACGUAUUUACGGCAAAUUAUUGCAUAGGUCUAUUGCGUG